GUUAGGCUGUUUUGCCAAUGUGACUGUUGCUACCAAUCUGUGUUACGUAAUAUUUGAUGAAAGCCGAUGGCGGCGAAAGCUUAUUCAUGGUUUCGGUAUUGUGUCAACCUACAUCCAUACAUUUAUUGUGUUUGUUAUUUGCUUUCUUUGUUGCAUAUAAAACCAGGAAAUAAGUAUCACAAUUGCUUCAUCCUAUGGCAUCUCAACACCGAAGCGCUAAUGACAAUGACGGGAGUCCAUUACCAGAUGGUAGCUCAGAUAUGGUGCCCAACAAAGGGGUAAUAGCAGCUGCAGGUGCAGGUGCAAGACGUUGUUGGACAGAACGCGAGGAGACUAUUCUUAUGUCAGCCAUGAAAGAGUUGGCUGCAACCGGUUGGAAGUCCGAUAAUGGGUUUCGUUCAGAAAGACAUUAAUGCCAAGUACAUGAGGAAUAAGUCGUGGCCAAUGUUCAAUGACUGGAAGGAGAUUUUCGGCAAGGACCGUGCGGAUGGGCUUAAUGUAAUGGACACCGGGGAGGCUGUUCAAAAGAUAUAUGGUUCUAAGGCUGAUGCUGGUUCAAGUUCAGCCAAAUCUUCACCGAUGACCUUAGAUGAACUAUUCCCAGAUGAAGUUUUUACUGGAGGUGUAGUGCCUGAGAUGGUAGAUGAGAGCACCUCGGCCCCGGCACCAGCGAGACUACCUGCGAGGGUACCAACCAAAUUGUAUCCAAAAAAGAGGAAGGCCGAGGACAAGAUGGACAGUGUCCUUGCUAUGAUGAAUCGCAUCCAUGAAGACACCAAUGAGCGGCUGAAGGACAUAUCUAACCGAAUUGGUUAUGAGUUUGAUAUAAGCACAAAGAGAACCGAGGUCUUCAACCAGCUGAAAGGCAUGGCCGGGCUCACCAUCAAACAACAGUUUUAUGCGGCAAAGAAGUUAGUAAAGGAGCCAGAGCUAAUGGAUCUGUUCAGGGGAUUGGAUGAAUGGGCACGGCCGACGUUUGUGCUUGAUCUCCUGGAGACGGAUGGAAUGAUUUGA